ACCAUUAUUUGUUUUUAUGGUAUUUGAUCGAUUUAAAAAAUUAAACAAAUGUUAAAACAAAUAUCCAGUCCCCAAGUGGAGUUUCCGUAGAAAUGGGCUUGCUGUUGCCGUUUCCCACCACACCUACACUUUUCCGACGACCACCCUCAUCCACCAUCUUUCUUCCCCUCUCACGAAACAUAUUGCGAUGCUCCGCCGCAACCCUUACAACCCCUCAACAACAGAGGAACGAAUUGGAUUUAGAAAACAAGAAAUAUGACUUGCUGAGAGUCAUUCAAGACACUCAGCGUGGGCUCGUCACUACCCCUAACCAACGCUCUGAAAUUGAAGAAUCUUUGGUGGAUUUGGAGAGCUAUGCAGCGGGUGAUGAUGAAGCUAUUGUUGAUUUGGGAGUUUUGGAUGGGACAUGGAGGUUGCUGUAUACAUCUGCUUCUGAUGUUCUUGUUCUUCUUGAUUCUUCCUCCAAGCUUCCUUUUUUUCAGGUUGGCCCGAUAUUUCAGAAGUUUGAAUGUAAGGGUCAAGAUGACGGAGGCUAUGUCCGCAAUGUUGUUCGUUGGAGUAUUCCCAGCUUGUUGGAGGAAAAUGAAGGCGCGACCCUCCUAGUUUCUGCAAAAUUUUCUGUCGUGUCCCGCCGUAACAUCUUCCUUGAAUUUGAAGAGAUAGCUCUUCAAAAUAUAAUCAUUAGUGACGAGUUGCAAGCUCUAAUAGCCCCCGCAUUGUUGCCCCGCUCUUUUUUUAGCCUACAGAUCUUGCAAGCAAUUCGUACUUUUAAAGCUCAAAUUCCAGUAAAUAGCACAAGCCCGGGAAGGCGAUCGGUGGGAGGGUUGUACUACCUUUCAUAUCUGGACAAGAAUAUGCUUGUGGGUCGAGCUGUUGGAGGUGGUGGUGUUUUCGUAUUUUCUCGAGCUCAAAACAUCCUGUAAAUUAUCCGCGACUGAUUGUAUAAUUGUUUUAUAAGUUUUUACAAGUAUUCAUUCAAUAAAAAAUUGUAUAAUUUAGAAUAAUAUCAAAUAAAUGUUGGGUUGAUGAAGCAUUCCUGGUAAUUCAUUAUGAAAAUCCAGAUUUCGUUA